ACUCUUCCUUCUCUCCUUGUUGUAGAGAGGAGAAUAUUUCUGUUACUUUAAGAUAUGUUAAUUCCCUGAAAUCUCCUUAAAUUCUAAUAACUUUUCUGUGGAAUUUUCCACUGAUAUCUUGGAAUCUAAUUCCUGUACCGAUUCCACCUCUUGAAAUAAAAUCUUUUGAUUGGUUCUUUUAAAAGAUAAUGAUUUUUGGUUGGGAGUUUUUGUCUUAUAAUUUUCCUAGAAUAUCUUAGGUUUAUCAUAUUUUUCUUAAAUUUAUUUUCUCAGAGUUCACUUGAAAUUUAUUUGAGUCAAUCUUUUGAUUGAAAUAAGAGGUUUUACUGUUACAAGUCUUUGUUUCUGAUUAGAAUUUUUAUCAAACACUCAAUUUUUAGUUUCUGGGUAUAAUCAAAAGUCAGAUAAAGAUUGAAUUUUUACUAUCUGGAUGUUAUAAAAAUUUAAUCUUUUUAUUUGGGUUUUUAAUUAGAAUUUGUUUCCAAGGGUUCUUUAAUCCCAGUUAUGACCAAGAUUAGUGGGACACUUAAUAAAUGGAGGGAUUAUUUUCAGACAGCAAAUUCAGAUAUAUUCAAUGUAAUUGAGUAUGCUGUAAUGGUGGCAGCUGUAGAUUAUCCAAAAGAAUUCAAAUUGAGAAGAGAUAGAAUUGCUGAGUUGCUUUUCACAUGUAAAGUAAUAAGGUGUUUUGGUUGUGACAAGGUUGAAUUAGCAGUACCAAAUGCUACUAAUGAUGAUGAGAAGUUUAAAACUGAGUUUGUUAGUGAAUUUGGAGCUUGUGAUGUUAAAGAAAACAAAAGUAGUAGAGGUGAUGAUCAGAUUGGAAUGAAUGUGAAUCAGAUUAGCAAUUAUAGCUAUGGUGAAGCUGAGGCAUUGACUGAUGAGAUAGAAGAAGAGUCUAAAACUGUUGGGGAGGUCCUACGGAUCAAAGAGAUCAUCGAUAACUUUCACGUUGAGUCCGAUUCAGAUAUAUAUGAGUGCUUAAGGAGGCUUCAACUGAUGGCUUUGUCUGUGGAGACUCUCAAGGCCACAGAGAUUGGGAAGUCCGUUAAUGCUCUCAGAAAGCACAGCUCAAAUAAUAUUCGGCAUCUGGCCAGGACAUUGGUCGAGGACUGGAAGAUUAUGGUAGAGGCGUGGGUGAAUGCUACAACAGCCUUUACAGAGAACACCCCUGAGUCUAUGAAAGCGUCUGUUGUUGAUGAAGAGGAGGAAGGACUUCCUUCCCCGCCCUUGGACGACUUAGCUUUCAUUUCUACUCAGACCACUUCAAUGGAGUUUUCACAAUUCUUUGAUGGCAUGGAUGACGAUGGAAAUAUUCGAAACAGCGGGGAAUUCAACAAGAGCCAUGAAAAUGGCAGAAAGGACAAUCCUGUCCGGAAGCAGCAGUUUGCCGAGAGCGUCACUGCUGCUCCAAAGGAAAGGAAGGUUGAGAAACCAAAGAAACAAACAUUAGUUGUCAAACCAAAUAAACCUUUCGGAUUUGAUUCUGGGCCUGGAAGACCGAUAAAGCCAACAUUUGAACGGAAGCUCAACAAUGAUGAAAUGAAACUCCUGCAGAAAUCUGACAAAGGCACAAUUCGACAGAGGCAUGUGCCUAAUCAACAAAAUAGAUUGAAAUGCCCGGAUGAGGAUGCAGAUCGUGUGAAACUUGAGGCGACAAAGAGAAAGCUCCAGGAGCGGUACCAAGAAGCUGAAAAGGCCAAGAGGCAGCGGACAAUACAGAUUAUGGAGUUGAAUGACAUCCAUAAGCAGGGUCUCCGCAAGCAAGGUCCUGGUCAUAAAAAUUUCCAUGUGAGACCUGGUAACCAUAAUAGGCAUUGGGCAAAUGGGCAUCGCUGAAUCAUUUUUCAACUGACAUGGUUUGAAUGAAACUUAAAGUUUUUUCCACCUUUGCCAGUCAAUCUUGUGGCAGAACACCAGUGACAACUUGGGUUACUGAUUUCAACUAGUUACUCAACAUAUAGUGGAUCUCAUCUAGUGGACCUCUAUUGGGGCAUUCAUUUUGAAAUGUCGUCCAAGUUAGGGAAUGUUUAAGUAGACAUUUUCCUGAAACUAUAGAACAAGGUUUGGCACCUUUGGUCUGAAUUUCUUCAUCUGCUGGCAGGACCUCAUUUGUGCCCCAAUUUUUGGUCACCAUUUCUUGAACAUUAAUCGUCCUUUUGUUUCAUAGAAAUGCACUGACUGGCAAUUUGCACAGAAUAAGUGCAUUUCUCAUGAAGUUGGACCUUUUUGUAUACAGAUCAUUCAAAUAUAAGGGAAUACAAAAAUUGGUUAUACAUUAAGUCCUUGAGGACUUAUGCAGCUAUAACAUAUUUUGUUC